AUGUUUGACUACGCCUAAGCAACGGCAACAUUUAUGAAGAGAGGAUCUCUCGACACAGACCACUUGGUGGAUGCAAUGAAGAAGAAAGAUAAAGUUAUUCCUGAUGAACUGAAUCACAAAAAUUAGCUUUUAUUAGAAAUAUUGGAUAAAAACACUGUUAAUCUUUAAAACGAAGAAGAUUCAAAUAUGGCUAUUUAUAUUUGCAGAAAGGCUGUCAAAAAUUAGCUCGAAAUAGAAUUUCUACUUAAGAUAAUUGAAGGUCUGGACAUAUUUCAAAAGCACUAGGAUGUUAAGGCAAACUGUUCAAGAAUAAUUCUUAACAAUAUUAAAUAUCGCUUUUAUAAGAAAAAUGAAUGCGUCUUUCGUGUAGGCGACAAAGGAGGGAGUUAUUUCAUUGUACUAAAAGGAUCAGUACAUUGCUUAAUUCCAGAUUUGAAGAAAGAUGAUAAAGGCGAUGAUUAAGAUGAUGAUUUAUUUACAAAUAAUAGCAAACCUUCAGAUCACUCAACUGAAUAUAAUUAGAAAUUUUAGAAGGCAAAUUAGAAUGUUGAUAAUCAGUAAAUUUCAUAUGAAAGAAAAGUUCAGAAUCAAAUUAAUUCUUAAGGAAAUUCUUCAAACGCACCAAAUUCUUAACUGCCCAAAAAAAUUUUAUUUAGAAAGUCUAACACCAUGAGCGAGUCCCGUACAAUAGCUCUCCUCAGAGAACACAAAAAGAGAGAUGAAGACUAAGAUUUUUUAGAGCAUCAAUAUCCAAACAUGAAGCUAGUUAAAACUUAUAGCAACGGAGGAGCGUUUGGAGAAAUUGCCUUAUUAACAAAAGAAAAGAGAACUGCUACUAUGGUUUGUGAACAAGAUACUCAUUUCAUGUGCUUGUCUAAAGAAGGCUUUGAUCAAAUUAUGGGAGCUUAUAGGGAAUUCGUUUUCAAUGAAAGAGUUGAGUAUUUGAGGCAAUUUUCUUUCUUUAAGAAUAUUCCUACAUCUUAGCUCCUUUCUCUAUGGCAUUACAUGAAAGAAGAGAAAUUUAAUAUGAAGAAUAUAAUUUAUACAGAAAACGAUCCAAGUUGCUUCAUAUUUUUCAUAAGAAAAGGCGAAGUACAAAUAAGCAAAAUAGCAAAAGAAGAAGAAGUGUAACAGGAGUACUUGCAGCUUAAUGAAGAAGAUGUUUUUGCAUCUAUGAAUAUUUCUAAGCAAAAAAAAGAGAAAAAAAUCAAUUAAUCUAAGAGAGUCCCUCUUGUACUUUUAGGUCCUAACUGCUACUUUGGAGACGAAGAAAUUUUCUAAAAGCUACCUUCCCGUAUUUCACAGGCAUAGUGCUAAACGGAGUCUUAAAUAUUAAUUAUAGAAAAAAAAAAACUUUUUGGAUUUUUGAGAUACCAUGAUUAGUUCUAAAAAUUUAAGGAUGAUGUGAAAGUUAAAUCUAAUUGGAAAGAGCAAUAGCUUCAGAAACCAAGCUAUUUAAACUACUAAAAAGAGAAGCUAAAGCCUCUAAAAGAACAGUAAUCAAACGGAUAGCAAAUUAAUGAUAAGCUCACUCCUAAGAUUUCUAAGCAGAAUUCUUAAAUAUUCUUUUUAUAAAAAAAAGACUCUGCUAUUUUAGGUCCUCCUUCUGCACUUGAAAAAAUUUCGUCAAAUGAUGUGAUUCCUUUGAAUGUGUCAACACCUAGCUAGGGAAAAUUAAACUUACAGAGGACAAAAUCAUUCUGCUACAAUGAGAUAAACAUAGCUACAACUCCAAUUCAUGAGUUAAUGAAGUUUAAGCAAUAACUAGAUCUUCACAAAUCUCCUUAGUAAGAACAAUCAAACUCAUAAAAAUUAAUCAGUAUUGCAGAGAACACCUCUUUUGAUAAAAAUGAAUAUACAAAUGAAAAAUAUAAUAUAGUUACUCAAAAAGUUCGCUAAGCUAGAUUAUCAAAUGGAAUUAUAAUUAUGGAUGCAACACCAAAGAGAAAAUCUUUUGUUUAGCAACCAGCUAACACAUUUUUUACUGAAUUAAUGAAAGAUUUUACUCUUCCAGAUCUCAAUCCUACAUAUCAAAGCGACGAAAAGUAAGAAUCAUAACAGUCAAUAAAUGAAACAAGUAUCGUGCUUUCAGCAAAAAACGCUAACAAAAAACAAUUGAAUAGACAAAAAACAAAUUAAUUCUCAAAGAAUAGCUCAUAGUCAACAACAAACAUUAUUUGUAAAAGAAAUUCGAAAGCAAAAAUUUGCGAAGAUCAGAAACAGAUAACUAAUUACUUAUAAUCUGAUAAGGAAGCCUAACAAAGCUAAUCUAAAAUCCGUAAAUUUAAUAGUUAGAAAUUAAUCAGAGGAGCUUCAUAUCAUCAAGAUAUUUAGAAAAGUUUGCCUUAGCUGAAAACCUUGACAGCAACUAACAAAUACCAAGAAAAAGCCUAUAAAAAUCAAUAGAAUAUAGAUAAUUUUAUUUAUAAUAAUGCAGGAGAAUCCUUAGAGUAUUUGAAUGAUAGCAAAAUUAAAAAACAGAAAGAAUUUUUGACCAAAAUUUAAAACACAAGCUCGAUUCAUGAGCAGACUAAGAAUAUUCUAAGUAUCGAUGCAACAAUAAUGAGUGUUUCUAGCAAAAAAAAUAAUCCUCUAUCUGAUCAAACUAAUAAGUUUGAAGGUGAGUAGUUUAUUAAAAGUCCAUCUAGUUUGAUCAAUUAAAGGAAAAAGAAUGCUCAAACAGGCAUGUCAUUUUAUUAGAACUCUGGAGUUCUUUUAAGCAAAAAGAGUCAAAAAGAAUAUUUGUAGGAAAAAAAAGGACCAUAUGGUAUGACUUCGAGCUUGAUACUCGAUAACAGAAAAAACUUGAACAUUGAUUUAAGAAGCUAGCAAGAAAACAUUUUUACUGACAAAAAUAAGUUCUUGGGUUUGUAAAUUAGAAAGUAACUUUAGUUUUCUAACUGGAAAUUCUAAACUCAGCCCAGCAAAAUAUUUUAAAUGUCCUCAGAAAAUAUUUAAGAAAAAAUUUAGAGAAUAUGA